AUGGCGGGUGGAUCCAGCUCUAAGAAGAGGGUCCGGAGGAAGCGGAAGCCGAACCCCGCGACGCAGCUCACCGACGACCUCCUCGUCGAGAUCCUCUCGCGCGUGCCGUACAGGUCCCUCUGCCGCUUCCGGUGCGUCUCCACUCGCUGGCGCGCGAUUAUCUCCCACCCCGACUACCGCAGGAGCCUCCCCCAGACCCUUGCCGGCAUCUUGUACCGAAGAAGGCCCGCCGUCGGCUCCUCGGAGUCGACGCCGGUUCGCUGCUGCUUCACCGACGUGUCCGGGACCGGCCGCCCGCUCAUCGACCCUUCAUUCCCGUUCCUGCCCGACCGCGAGCGGGAGCACCUCGACCUGGUCGACAGCUGCAACGGCCUCCUGCUCUGCCACAGCUUCAGAAACGCUGACGAGGGCUUGUUCGACUACCUCGUCUUCAAUCCUGCUACCGAGAACUGGGCCGCCGUGCCAGUCUCAUGGGGCUGGUCCAAUAAGGUGCAGACGGUUCGCCUCGGGUUUGAUCCGGCGUUCUCCUCCCACUUCUACAUCUUUGAGUUUCAGUUGGAUGUGGAUGAUGAAGAUUAUGAUGCUGGGGGUGGCCAUGUCCUAGGGGUGAAGAUAUACACAUCUGAAACCGGAGUUUGGUGCCACAAGAAGAGUGCCUGGAGCUUUGAGUUUAUACCACAGUGUGAAUUUAAGAGUGUAUUUGUCAAUGGUGUGCUGUAUGUGAUCGCCAUUGAGUGCGUAAUUGGGGCGGUGGAUGUGAAGGGGGAAACUUGGAGGAUCAUUGAUUUUCCACGCUCCGAGGAUUCACCAUUCCAUGAUACUGGUCCUGGAUUCAUUGAUCUGUCCCAGGGGAGAUUGCACCUUGCAAAUGAUGAUGAUAUGGUCGGGGAUAAGCUCGCAAUCUGGGUCCUCGAGGAUAAAGACACCGAUGAAUGGACCUUAAAGCACACUGUCUGCUAUAAGCAUCUGGUCGGAAGGAAGUAUGUCCACUUUGGAUUUCAUGAGUUUAUUGUUGUUGCUAUCCACCCAGACCGCAACAUGGUAUUCUUUGUUUUUGGUCGUCAUGAAAAAACGCUAAUGUCUUAUGACAUGGAUAGCGGGAGGGUGCAUGUCAUCCGUAAUCUUGGACACAUUGACUCUGACUCUGAAUAUUUUCUACCAUAUGUUCCCUUAUUUUCAAAGUCAUUGCCAGAUGCUGCGAAACAGUAA